CCUCGGGGAAUGAAACGGUUGCCGUAUGGUGUAAAUUGCAAAAGGUGGAAAUGGAGCCGCCUCAAUGGUAUCUCAAGCAGCUCAGGUAUUUGCAUUGGUAAAUUCUUCUACGAGAUUCUUCCCCCACCCCGUGCCAAAGCUCCCUGGAGGCAGGGAAGGAGUGGCCGGUAGCAUCUCAAAGUAGAAACGUGAAUUCAGUUCAGUUCUCGGAAUUGUCCCUAGUGCCGACAUGCAAUUCACCAUCGCCCAGACUGAGAGAGCGAGCGACUCUCUAGGAGCACCCUAUGUGGUUUACGGUAUUCAUCUGGAGGGAUAUCUCUUCUGUAAACUCAGGUACAGUCAGCUGCACAGGUGGAAUGAAAAGUUGAGGCGUUAUUUUGGGAGCAGUCUUGUGCCACGUUUUCCACCUAAGAGUUAUCUUGCACAGACCGAGUCUAUGGCUGAAGAAAGAAGGCUUCAGUUACAGCAGUAUCUUCAGAAAGUUGGAGAGGAUCCUGUUAUAUCGGUCAGUGAAAUAUUCACUACUUUAUUGAAGAAUGCCCAACAGGAAACCUUUAAGGUUCGUGCACAAGCUAUUCUGUUGGAGAUUCUUCUUGCAGAUGGGAAAAGGCUCCAGAUUGACACCCACACAUCUCACUCAGCCAACAGGGUGUUAGAGAUUGCUGCCCAGAAGGUUGAAUUGUCAAGGCAAUUUUUGGAACAUUUUGCCCUCUAUCUCGUCUGUGAACUUUCUAAUGGAGGAUAUUCUGUGCUGAAAAAGUUGAAUGCAUUCGAACUGCCAUAUGUGAGUCUAUGGAGUCUGCAGGACGAGAACUGCAGAAUAAUGAUCAGGAAAAGUUAUUUGGAUCCCUUGGAGGAUAAAAUGCUUAUGGAAAGUAGUGGUGGCAUCACCCUAUUGUACAGCCAGGCUACACAUGAGCUGGAGAGAGGCUGGACUAGUCCUACUCCGGAGCAGUACCAGCAACUGAAAGCGUUCCAGGAUGCGGAAAUGAAGAUAGAGUUCCUUGAAUCUGCAGAGAAAGUAAAGUUCUAUGGGUAUAUUAUGUUUGAGGCCUGCACCUGUGAUUAUCCGGAACCCGACUCUUCUGCUGUUGUUCGGGUGGGUAAUGACGAAAUUAACUGCUGCAUCCAGCUAUCAAGUAACCACAUCAAAGAGGUCAGCUUCAAAGUUGACAGAAUUAGAUGCUGGAAGAUCAGUCUGCAGGUACAAGAUGAAACAGAACUGAAACCGGAACUGAGUUUUGAAUAUCAAGAUAGCCGAGGUUUGUGGCAGUGGAUCACGAUUUACACUCACCAGGCCUUUCUACUUAGUAGAUGUAUACAAGAGAUUGUAAUAGAAAAACUGAAGAUAUCCGAGGGAUACGCAGAAAUGCAGAUUGAAAAUGCAACAUCAGAAUUUAGGUCAACACCCUGGAAUUCUCUGACUGCCUUGAGUAAGCAUUCUGGAGUUGUGCUACAGAAAAUGUUACUUAAGAAAUGAAAUCGUGAAACAAGCAUAUUUGGAUAAAUCGCUGAUGAGGAAUUGUGACCACAGUCAAAGCCUUUAAGUACAACUUUAACAUGUUUGUUUGCACAAUAGCCUAUCUGGGUUAAUUACACUUAGGGAGUGUAAAUUGUACAUCGUCUACCCUCUUUAUUUAAUAACAAAGGAUGUUUUUGAAGUUUUAUUCCUCCAUGAGGGAACUGGUUACUUAAGCCAUAUAAAUUGGGUUAGGUUAGGUCUGAGCUAUUUUGACUUUUCUAUGUUUAAAUACACAGAGGACUUUGGAGCAAUGGCUUUUUCUGCAAAGUAGGUGCAAUCCCUAUGGAUUAAGGGUAAAUGUAAGUGGAGGUGUAGAGGGUUUAGGUUUUUUCUCUACUAUCAAAGUCACCAAAUCCUUUCACUGAUUCAUCUUAUUAAUUGCUUUUUGAAUUAGCUCUGUCUAGAGCCUGACUGCCUUCACAUUCAUUGUGCACAUCGUGGAUUAAAGUGGAAGAUAUUCCCAGGAAGUUGGCCUUUCAGUUUAUUUUUGUAACCCUUAUUUUAAAGUUUAACUGAAACCCAACCCUUUUGCUUCAUUAUUUUUGAUGCCAGUCCCUAAUAGAUCUCCUCAAGCCUAAACACACGAGCAAUGCUCACAGUUGAUCUGAAGAAGAGUUCGGCAUUGGAGAGGAAUAAAUCUGCUUUUGUUAGCUUGUGUCACUGUUUUGAUUCCCUUUGUGUGUAGGUAUAUCAUCACGGAUGCAGAAGAUAAGACCAGAUGAUAGCAGCACAAGCAGGCAAAAUUUAACACUUUAAACAUAUUCCAUUGUACUUUUGGAAGUAUGGAUGCAUCUGCACAAAUUUCCACUCCCUCAUUUAAAAAAGAAUAUUUUAAGCCGAUAGUUAUUAUUUGUGAUGUUGCUGCGAUGAAUGGAAUGAGAAUUAUAAAUGAGGGAGACCUAUGCGCAUGACCAGAGAGUGUUAUAAUAGGAUUAAGAAGCAGUUCUAGUAGAUUCAAGUUAAUUGCAUUGCCCAUUGUCUCCAAUUCCCAACGUUCUGAACUCUUCAGUGAACUUUGCCCAAGUCCAUAUUACGGAGGUCAGUACCUGACUAGAUAUCCAUGUUUUCAGUUACAAAUUAACUCUAUUAGCACAAAUUGGGAAUGAGCAGAACAUUUUAAGCCACUUCCAUUUGCAUAUAAAUUCCAUGAAGGAGAAUCAUGGUUGAGCUGUUUUCACUGUUAGUGAUACAGUGUACAAUUUUGUACAUUUUUUAAUCUAUUGUGCAAUAAAAUUGAGUCAUUUUGAACAUCAUUUGACAGCUUGUAUGUUGAAGCUCACAUUGUUCACUCUGGGAGUUUUUUAUCUUUUUGUAUUGAAAAGUUAUGCAAUAAAGCGUAUUGCCAAGUACUGCACAGCGUUACAUGUUGAACAUUAAUAAACUUUUGUGUUAUCUAAA